CCAGGAGCAGAGCUUCAUUUAAGAGUGAAACUGGAUCCUGAUCCAAGAUAUGUCUUCCAGUUUGAAGAUGUGACAAUGUUGAGCCCUCAGAUAGUCCAGCUUCAAGGUUCCAUCAAGCAACCAAUUUUUAGUUGCAAGUUUAGUCGAGACAGGGUGCCACAGGUGGACCCGUUGAGCAUUUACUGGUCAGGUUCUGCUGACAGUGCUGAUAUAGAGACUGAAAGAAGGGAAAGAAGGGGAUGGAAGGUGAAGAUACACGACCUCUCUGGCUCAGCUGUUGCGGCAGCAUUCAUAACAACUCCCUUUGUUCCAUCAACAGGUUGUGAUUGGGUUGCUAGGUCCAACCCAGGAGCUUGGUUGAUUGUUCGCCCUGAUUCAUGCAGGCCUGAGAGCUGGCAGCCAUGGGGAAAGCUUGAAGCGUGGCGUGAGCGUGGCAUCAGAGACUCCAUUUGCUGCCGAUUUCAUCUCCUUUCGGAAGUCCAGGAAGCUGGCGAUGUUCUCAUGUCUGAGAUAUUUUUAAGUGCCGAGAAGGGUGGAGAGUUUUUUAUCGACACUGACAAACAGAUGCGGACAGCUGCUACUCCAAUUCCAAGUCCGCAAAGCAGUGGAGAUUUUUCUGGAUUGGGUCCAGUUGUUGGUGGGUUUGUGAUGAGCUGUAGAGUGCAAGGAGAAGGUAAGAGCAGCAAGCCAACGGUACAACUAGCGAUGCGACAUGUGACAUGUGUGGAGGAUGCUGCCAUCUUUAUGGCACUUGCAGCAGCAGUUGAUCUCAGCAUUGAAGCAUGCAGGCCUUUCCGGAGAAAGGUGAGGAGACGGUCUCACCAUUCCUUAUGAA